AUGGAUAAGAGGGAUAUUGUUCUGCAGCAUAAGUGUGGACGACUAACAAGGAUUGAUGAGAUUCAUAUUUCCUAUCUAGCACUUCAAUAUCCUCUAUUAUUUGUGUAUGGUGAGGAUGGUUUCAGGGUUGGAAUUAAGAAGGGUGUCACAGAGGCUUCAAAGAAACUCAAAAAAGAUUCUAUUAGUAUGAGGCAGUUUUUUGCUUUCCGGUUGCAAGAGCGAGAAAAUGAGUCUCAUGCCCUGCUUUACUCAAGAAGGUUAUUUCAACAAUUCAUAGUCGAUGCCUAUACUACAAUUGAAUCUAACAGACUGAGGUAUUUGAAGUUUAAUCAGACAUGCUUGCGUUCAGAUAGUUACGACUCUAUCAAGGACUCUGAGAAUGCUGGUCAGACAACUAUGAACGAGCAAGGUCAGCAAUUUCUUCUGCCAGCUACAUUUACUGGCGGUCCAAGAUACAUGAAGAAUAUGUACUUAGACGCUAUGGCCAUUUGUAGACAUUUUGGUUUUCCAGACCUUUUCAUCACAUUCACAUGCAAUCCAAAAUGGCCUGAACUUACAAGAUUUAAUCAGAAACGAGGCUUGCAAUCAGAUGACAGGCCGGAAAUUAUUUGUCGGAUGUUUAAGAUGAAACUCGACAGCUUGAUGAAUGAUCUAACAAAGAAGCAUAUUUUGGAAAAAGUCGCUUCAUCUAUGUACACAGUUGAGUUUCAAAAAAGAGGCCUGCCACAUGCUCACAUUCUGCUUUUUAUGCAUCCUUCCUCCAAAUUUCCAAAAACAGAAGACAUUGAUAAAAUCAUAUCAGCUGAGAUCCCAGACAAAACAUCUGAUCCUGCUCUUUACAAUGUUGUUAAGGAUAUGAUGAUUCAUGGUCCAUGUGGAGCUGCUAAUAUGAAUUCACCAUGUAUGGAAAAUGGGAAGUGCCAGAAGAGUUUUCCUAAACAUUUCGCUGAGAAUACUAUGGUGAAAAAAGAUGGAUUUCCGGUUUAUAGAAGACGUGAGCAAUCUGAUCGUUAUGUUGAGAAGAACGGUUUGAAAUGUGAUAACAGAUGGGUCAUCCCUUACAACAAGAAACUCUCUCUUCGUUACCGAGCUCAUAUAAAUGUAGAGUGGUGCAACCAGACUGGUUCUAUUAAGUAUAUGUUUAAAUACAUUAAUAAAGGAGCAGACCGUAUAACUGUGGUUGUCGAACCACCAGGUCCACAAGUGGAGCCAACAACAGUUACAAAUCAACCUUUACCAAACUUAGCAGCAGAGACCUCAUCGAUAGGGAAUGAUGGUGGUGUAUUGAAACAGAAUGUGGAGAUUAAAAAGAAUGAAAUAAAGGAUUUCUUUGAUUGCAGAUAUGUUUCUACUUGUGAAGGAGCUUGGAGGAUUUUUAAAUUCCCUAUACAUUAUAGAUCCACAGCGGUUGAGAAGCUAUCAUUUCAUCUACCAGGGAAACAAAACAUUAUCUUCAAAGGGAGGGACAGACUAAAGGAAGUGGUUGGUCGUAAGCUCAUUGAAAACACAAUGUUUUUGGCUUGGUUUGAGCUGUGUAAGGCUGAUGCUUUUGCUCGGACCCUGACGUAUGUUCAGAUUCCCAACUAUUACACUUAUUCGAAGACCCAGAAGAAGUUCAGUAGAAGGAAGCAAGGAUUCAGCGUUGGAAGAAUUAAUUAUGCCCCGCGUAAACAAGAAAGUUCUUAUUAUUUGAGAGUGCUGUUGAACUAUGUCAAAGGUCCGACCAGUUAUCAGGAUAUUAAAACCUAUGAUGAUGUGGUUUAUGAGCGGUACAAAGACGCAUGCUAUGCUCGAGGAAUAUUGGAUGAUGACCAGGAGUAUAUCGAUGACUUAGUCAGGCGUAGUUACGAUAGUACUGCAGCUGUUGUUCGUGAUCUUUUUGUUAUGAUGCUUCUGUCAUAUAGUCUGUGUCAGCCAGAGGGGGUUUGGGAAAAAACUUGGGAACUGUUAUCUGAAGAUAUCGAGUAUAACCGCAGAGUGCAUUUCAAUAGGCCAGGACUUAUUCUAAGUGACAAAGAGAAGAAAUUAUAUGCUCUCAUAGAGAUUGAGACGCUUAUGAAAAGGAGUGGGAGUUCACUCUCCUUCUAUGAAUCUAUGCCACAGCUUCCUGAAAAUACCAAAACGAUCGAGAAUGUUUUGAUCUUGGAUGAACUAAGCUAUGAUCUUGAAGCAAUGCAAGCCACUCAUGAUAGAGAUAUUCUUUUGAUGACUGAUGAACAAAGAAAGAUAUAUGAUGAGAUCAUUGGUGCCGUUGUGGAACAGAGAGGCGGUAUGUUCUUUGUUGAUGGGUUUGGUGGCACUGGAAAAACAUUUCUUUGGAAACUUCUCUCAGCUGCGGUUAGGUGUAGGGGAGAUAUAGUUCUUUGUACAGCAUCUAGCGGAAUUGCUUCUUUGUUGUUACAAGGUGGUAGGACUGCUCAUUCCCGUUUUGGCAUACCUAUCAAUCCUGAUGAUUUUACUACAUGUACAUUGCCUCAAGGAUCAGAUAAAGCAAAUUUGUUAAAGGAAGCUUCACUUAUUAUUUGGGAUGAAGCACCGAUGAUGAGCAAACAUUGUUUUGAAUCUUUAGACAGGAGUUUAAAUGAUCUUAUGGGAAAUCAAGAUCAAAAACCAUUUGGGGGAAAGGUUAUUGUGUUUGGAGGUGAUUUUCGACAAGUACUUCCUGUUAUUACUGGAGCUGGUAGGGCUGAGAUUGUGUUGUCUGCGAUGAACUCAUCAUAUCUCUGGGAAUUUUAUUUGAUGUUUUGGUUUCUUAUUUCGAACUUUCAAGUUAAGUAUUACAAUCAGUUAGUUAUAUAUUUAGCAUACACUGUUAAGUAUACUUAA